AUGUCAAGUGAUUCUGAAGAAGAAAGUUAAAAUUCUAAUUAAGAUGAAAAUCCAAUAUAAUCUAGAUAAACUUUCAAUAAAAAACCAAAAGAUUUAGAAAAUAAACUAUCAGAAGCUAAAUUAGAGUUUAUUCUAAAUAACAAUGUUUCAAAAGCAAAACAAAUUCUUGAUUAAAUCAUUAGUUAACAUGCAAGAUAUUAAAGAGCUUUUAUUAUGUAUGGACACUUAUGGAAAUUAUAAGGAGAUUAUUAAAAAGCUAUACAUCAUUUCACUAUUGCCACUAAAAUUAAAACAUCUCCUAAACUAUGGAAAAAGAUUGCAUUUUUAGAAAAAAAAUUGGCACAGAAAUUAGAAUCAGAAUAAACAUUAAGUAGUGAAGCUGUAAAUUAUCACUAUUAUCAAGCUGCCAAAUAUCUUGGUAAACUAUUAAGAUAAAGAAAUAAAGCACCAAAUAUUUAAUUAAUGUCUGAGAGAGUUGAUUGCUUAGAAAAAUGUUUUGAAUAUGAAAAAGGAAUUAAAUAAUUAAAAGCUUUAAGUGAUAUUGCCAUUACUUUAUAAUAACAUCAUUUACAUCAAGAAAGUAUUAAAAGAAUUGCUAAAUUAUAUGUUAAAAAAAAUUAACUUGAAGAUGCUAAAUAAAUAUUAAAAUCAAUCCCUUUGACAGAUAAAUCAACAAUAAUGAUUUGUGAAAUACUAGAAAAAUCUUAAAAUCUAAAAGAAAUGAGAGAAUUACUUGAUGGAUAUUUUGGAUCUAAAUCUAUGACCACUAUUCUUUAAGAUCAUAAUUAUAGAUUAAUUAAUUUCUAUUUAUAAUGUUUAUAAUAAAGUUUCACUGGAUACUAAUAAAUUAUAGAUUUUUAUUUAAAUAAUAUCCAAAACCCAUAAUUAUAAGAGCAAAUUUGUAAAAGUUUGAUUGAACUAAUUGAUAAAUUAGAUAAAAUUCCUAAAAAAGAACUAUUGCAAGUUUUAUAUGAUUAUAGAGAUUAAUUUAGUACUUAAUAAAAAUAAGAAAUUCUUACUAAAUUUUAUAUUGUUAAUCCUGAUCCAAAUUUAAAUAUUGAAAAACCGCGAAUCCCUGAUUAACUUCAUACAAAAGAUUAAAUUUUAUUUUUAUAUACACAAUUAUAAAAAACUAAUGAUGUUAAUGAAAAGUUUGAACUUUUAAGAAAAAUACUUACUUAAGAAGAAAAAUCAUUUAAUAAAUUGAACUAACUUGAUGGAAUUAAGAGAGUAGGAUAUUAUUAAUUAUUUGGAAAGUAACAUAAAAAAAGAAGAUUAGGAAAGUUUCAUUCUAUUAGUAAUUAAUUAAGAAAAAAAACGAUAAGUCUAUCAGUUGAAAUUGGAUAUUAAGAUUUCUUUAAAAAAAUAUUAGAUGUAUUUGAAUCGCUAUUAGAGAAUGAUAAAUCUUAAGAACUUUUUAAAUUGACUCAUAUGGUUUAUUAAUUGAGACUUAAAAAAAUUGCAAAUAAUGAUGCUAGAUACUAUUAAGAAUUUAUUUAAAAAUUGGCUAAAUAUGGAUUAUGGGCAUCAUUAAAAGAAAGAAAAUAUAUUUAUGCACCUAUAUAUUUAAAAUACAUAGACGAAUAAAAUUUGAUUUUAUAUCUAAUUUAAAUUAUUGAUUAAAAUAUAUCUCCUAAAUUAAGAGGUAUAUUUAAUAGUUUUACAAGAAAGAUUCCUUGUUAUUAAUAAAGCGUUAUUCCUUAUAAAUUGGAUUAAUUAUUAAAAUUACGAGAAAAUGAUUAAAAAAAUCCACUUUAUAAUUUAUUAAUAUGUGUAAAAUAUUUAUAAGAAAUGACUGGAAGAUUAGCAUAAGAUUAAUCAGAAUUAUUCAAAAAAAGUCUUUAUUACUUUGAUUGUUAUAAAGAUUGCAAUGUUGAUCCAUUAGAAGUAAAAUAUAAUUUGGCUAGGUAAUAUAGAUAUUUAUAUAGAAUAUACUUACAUAUUAAUAUAGUGAAUAAAGGAAUGGAGAUUAUGGAAGAUAUAUUGAAAGAUCCUCGAGAACAUGCAGUUAAAUAUAAGGCUGGUUUUGCUUUAAUGUAAAUACAUAAGAAAUUAGGAAAUAAUGAGUAGGCAUUCUAUUAUUUAAAAGAAUAUAACACUUUUGUAUGA